AGCUCCAUAAGACUAUAAUAUUAACUUCUUUAUGAAUUCACAUUUUCAAUCCAGAAAAGCUCAAGAAUCAAGUGCUACAAAGGACAGUAUUUUUGAAGAAACUCUUUCCCUAGUACUCAAGCUGAACCUGCAAUUUGAAAGUCCAGAAGCAAAGCAUGAACAAGUUUCCUAUAUACCCAAAAUAUGAAGCUGGGGAUUAUUGUGGCUAUGAGUUUGAUCCUCAGACAGACUUUGCCGAUUUUUUGUCAGAAGCAAGAAAUCAUGCAUCUGAAUGGAAAUGCAGUGCUACACCUCCACGUUCAAUAGAAUUGGGAAAGAACAAUUUUGAAAAGGAAGUCAAGAAAACUAGCAAAAAGACAUGGAAAAGCUCUCUGUUUUCAUGGUUAAAGAGUGAUAAGAAGAAGAAUCAGCAAAGCAGAGAACCUUCAAAAGGAUCCACCAUUAACAAGCCAAAGCGUGGAUGUGUCUCUGGCCCAAUGCCAGGGAUUAGUGGGCCGGGUUCUAUAGCUGUCAGGCCCAAUAAGCCUUUGUCUGGGCCCCUCACAAGUUUGUUCAGUCCAAUGAACAAAGUGGAUAACGAGAUACCAUAUUUGUGUCUUCAGAAGGUUAAGGAUAGUACUCAUGGCGUUCAAUCUUAUGGACCUGUUUAUCUAGUAACUUAGCAACUUUGUUUGGCUGAGGUUGAGUUUCUUGUUCUAGAUUAUUUUUUAGUGUUGCUAAGGGUAGGUUUAAUUUAGCAGAGACUAAAGAUUAGUGUGAAUUUAUGGGGUUUUAAUCUCUUGAGAGGUGAUGAAUGCUAACAAAUAUCAUUUGCA